AUGGCGGCAUGGUCCCUGUGGCUUCCCCUUCUCUGGGCAGCACCACUUCCUGUCGCCGCUACUGGUGCCCAAGUGCAGGGCCAGGUGGGGGGCUCGGUGCUGCUAGCGGCAGAGUGCCACCCCGGCUUCCACGUCCGAGAGGCCAUCUGGCGGUCCCUCUGGCCCUCGGAGGAGCUCCUGGCCACGUCUUUCCGGGGCGCCCUGGAGACACGGUACCACUCCCGCUUCCUGGGCCGCACGCAGCUGCACCGCAACCUGAGCCUGCAGCUCGGGCCGCUGGAGCCCGGAGACAGCGGCAACUUCUCGGUGCUGCUCGUGGACACCGGAGGCCGGGCCUGGACCCAGAUCCUGCAGCUCAAGGUGUAUGAUGCAGUACCCAGGCCCAUGGUUCAAGUGUUCAUUGCUGUAUCUCAGCCCCCCAAGACCUGCCAAGCAUUCCUGUCCUGCUGGGUCCCCAACAUCAGUGACAUAACCUAUAGCUGGCGACUGGAGGGGUCCAUUGACUUUGGUAUCGAGCCAGAUGGCCUCUUCACGGAUGGUCAGGUGUUGAGGGUUUCGCUGGGAUCAGAAGACAAGGGCAUGGCCUUUUCCUGCGUUGUCUCCAACCCCGUCAGCUGGAAUUCGACCAUAGUCACCCCCUGGGAGAGCUGCCAUCAUGAGGCAGGGAAGGCUUCCUACAAGGAUGUGCUGCUGGUGGUAGUGCCCGUCUUGCUGCUUCUGAUCCUGGCUGGUCUCUCUGCCUGGUACCGGAUCCCCUGCUCAGGGAGAAAGAAGAAGGAUGUCUGUGCUGAUGAAGACACUCUACAGACAGAGAACCCCCUUGUAUAG